UAGCACAAUACUUCGUGGCAACCAUUGGCUGCUGUUUUUAUGUUACGUCUCACAGGUCAGCUGACUAUUCUUGUUAUUUCCUUCAUCAGUCGUAACACAACUACUGCUCUUUCGUCCUCGCUCAAUUGCGAAGUAAAUAUUACACCAGGAAAGGAUCACCAUGCCGAUUUUGUACAGCGUCGUUGCCAGAGGAAUCACGGUGCUGGCAAAGUAUGCAUCGUGCCCUGGAAACUUCUCUGAGGUCACGGAGCAGAUCAUUGCUAAAAUUUCGCCAGAUGAUUCCAAAUUAACAUAUUCCCAUGGUAGCUUUCUGUUCCAUUACGUCUGCGAGGACAGAAUAAUUUACAUGUGCAUCACAGACGAUGAAUUUGAAAGAUCUCGAGCAUUUUUGUACCUUGGUGAAAUCAAGAGAAGGUUCCAAGCUUCUUAUGGAUCUAGAGCUCAGACCUCCUUAGCUUACUCCAUGAACACUGAAUUUUCUCCAUUCCUGGCCAAUCAGAUGAAACACUAUUCUGAAUCACAAGACGUGGACACAAUUUCACGAGUUCACGGAGAGCUGGACGAACUCAAGGACAUCAUGGUUAAAAAUAUUGACAACAUGGCCAUGAGAGGAGAGCGUUUGGAGCUUCUUGUGAACAAGACAGAGAAUCUGAGUGCCAAUUCUGUUUCAUUCCGAAAGACGAGCCGUAACCUGUCUCGCGCCAUGUUCUGGAAGAAUGUGAAACUGUACCUGAUUGCGGCCGCAAUAAUAGUGUUUGUAGUGUACAUCAUCAUAUCUCUAGCCUGUGGUGGCUUUGGUUGGGGCGAUUGCGUUGCUUCGUCGACUCCGACUCCUGCACCAACCCCAGCACCAACAACCCCUCCUACAACAGCCUCUACAACUGUAAAACCUCCUCCUUCGUAAUCUGCAACUUGCUGAGACCACACGGUGGCCACUGUGAGUAUGCCUGACAAAAUGCAAGUGCUUAUUAUGUGAUUUUGAAUGCCUCCAAAAAUAUUUUUGACGAAAAGCACGAUAAGUUUCAAGUAAAAUAUCAAUAUUUCGUUUUAUGACAAACAUAUAUGUGCAGAAAACUGAGUUAAUGUCGCUAUUUAGGUUCUGUAUCUCUAAUCAUUCAUUUUAAGAAGUUAGUGUUUAACUGAAAAAAAAACGCAACUAUUACCGUGUAAUUGAAAGUACAGGAAGAGCUUUUUCAAGAGGCUGAUUGUGCAUAUUAUUUCAAAUGAUAGUUGGUAUGCUCUGCUGACAUUAUUUUGUAUCUCUGAGGUAUUAAUUGAUGAUCAAAUAUGAAUAAACUUUAAAUUAGCUGA